UUGUGAACAAUGUUGGAUUUAUUCAAGUAGGUAUUUUUUCUAGUCUUGCUGUUCACCGGUGUAAACCUGCCAAUGCUGAAGCUACUUCAGAAAGUAUAAUUUCUCCAUACUCAGGGCUGCUGGAGCACUAUUUUCACACCUUUUGUGAUUAGGAGGUAGUUUGGAUUUGCGCCCGAACUUAACUUCACUACUUUGAAGAAUGUUUGAAAGUUGAACUGUGAAAGAACGCGACGGCAACAGCGCAUGCGCAGUGCUAAGCUAGUCUCAUACGAAAACUUGUUUUUGUGCACCUGAUUCAACACUGACGAAUGUGACAGAGCUCAGCUGAAAACACCUUUACCAUGAUCUCAGCUAAUGACCUGGAACAGCUGGCAGAGAUAGGUGUCUCAGAGUUGCAGAAGGAGGAGGAGGAGGAUGAGGGGAAAUUUUGCCCUUUAGCGCCACCUAGUGCCGAUGCUUGUCAAGACGCAUCACAUCCCUAUUAUGAUGUGGCGAGGCACGGCAUCCUCCAAGUUACAGGUGAUGAUAAUUAUGGCAGAAAGCUGAUCAUUUUUAGCAGUAGCUGCAUGCCUCCAUCACAUCAGCUCAAUCAUCAUCGUCUUCUGGAGUAUAUCAAGUAUACGUUGGAUCAGUAUGUUGAGAUUGACUACACUGUAGUGUACUUUCAUUACGGCUUACGCAGCAUCAACAAACCCUCCCUGAGCUGGCUUCGAAAUGCCUACAGGGAAUUCGACAGAAAGUAUAAGAAGAAUCUUAAAGCCCUCUAUGUCGUCCACCCCACAAAUUUUAUACGGAUCCUAUGGAACGUUUUCAAACCUCUUAUAAGCCACAAGUUUGGUAAGAAGCUAACUUAUGUGAACUACCUGGCAGAGCUAAGAGAACACGUCAACUAUGAGCAGCUCAUCAUCCCACAAGCCGUAUUAAGGCAUGACGAAGAGCUCCGGGCUGCUCAGAAAGGUGGAUCAGCUCUUCCAGCGAAGGCUGCGCCCCCUAGACCUCCUCUGCCCACACAGCAGUUUGGCGUGAGCUUACAGUACAUUCGAGAGAGAAACAAUGGUGUAUUGAUUCCUCCUGUGAUGUCUCAAACCGUGUCCUACCUCAAACAGAAAGGGCUGAAAACAGAAGGGAUCUUCCGAAGGUCAGUUAGAGUACAGCUCAUCAAGGACAUCCAGAAACUCUAUAACCAGGGCAAGCCGGUUAACUUUGAGCAGUACUCUGAUGUUCAUGUUCCUGCUGUGAUUUUGAAGACAUUUCUUCGUGAGCUUCCAGAGCCUCUCCUCACCUUCACAUUAUAUAACCAGAUACAGGAUCUUAUCAAGGUGGAGAGCAGCUUACGGGUUUCAAGGUGCAAAAGAAUUGUGGAGUCGCUUCCAGAGUAUAACUUCAUCGUGGUGAAGUACCUCAUCUGUUUCCUGCAUAUGGUGUCUCAGGAAAGCAUCUUUAAUAAAAUGAGCUCCUCUAACCUGGCAUGCGUGUUUGGGGUGAACCUGGUGUGGCCUCGUCAUGGCGGUGUGUCUCUGAAUGCCAUCACACCACUCAACAUGUUCACUGAGCUACUUAUCGAGCACUACAAUGCCAUCUUUAGCUCCAUUUGCCCUUCACAGCAGGUACUGCCCUGACUGCUUUACACACUCCACAGUGCUUCACACACUCCCACUACAGCUCACAGCAGGAAGCCAAACACCUGGCCUUAUUAUUAUUGCUUGUGCCACUGAUAUGAUGUAUCGGCUCUCGGUGACCUGUGGAGUCAUGGGGCAAAACGUUUACGCUCCGUAAGCUUAUUGUGCUGCAGACCAAACCACUAAGGUUGCACAUCGUGUAUAAUACUUUAACACUAAACCACACUGAAGGUCUUUUGUUAUGCUGAAUGUAUUUACUUAUGAGUGUCUCCUAAGUCAGAUUUAUGCACUGUAGACUGCUACCAUCGAUCUCUUUGGAUUUAUUAACGUUAAGACGCAUUCUACUACAGGGCCUGCAAACACGUUAAUGCUAUAUACUAGACAUUAAUAUCUUUGCACAUAUUGCUUCUAAAUAGCGUUAAUCUUGCCGUUCAUCACUCGAACGCUGAUGUGCGAAGUACGUGUGGUUUAAAAUGUGUCUUUCGACAUGCACACCCACGAUGACCGUGUAAACACACAAAUCAAAGCAAAUUUCCCCUAAAUUACAACUGCACUCAGGAUUACCAUGGCAACCAUUCGCUGCAGGCAGCAGAGAUCACCUUGAAGGCAUGAAUCGCAGCAGCAGUGAGCUGUUAUGAAAUGACACUGUUCCAUUUUUAUGCUUCACUGAUCUUUUGUAUUAAAUAUUUGCAUUUCACUAAUGAGUUAUGUAGACCUGAUGUGUGUGACCUGAUGCCAGAUAAUCACUGGAAGCUGACUGGGUUCUCAGAAGGAAUCUAUAUCUCUCACCCUUCAAUAUUUAGUUCAUUUUAGUAACACCAUCUGCAGUGAUAUGUCUGUACUGAGGUGAAAGAUUCUUUAAACCCUCCUGAAGCCACACAGCCACACAAUAUGAUGCUUGAUAAAAAGUUAAAUUUGUAUAUAGGUUUAAAAGUUGAUUUUCCUGUAGGGUUUGUUACAAGGCUAAGUGCAAUUAGCAACAGCAAUGCUAAUCUAAUUCACUUGUAGCUUAUCUGUAUAUAUUUGUCUUUGGUUUUAUGCAAAAUGAAUAUAACUGUACAAGUGUCUGGAUUGUCAGGGUUUCUGAUGAUGUGGAUUUAGGAAAAGAGAAAUAUUUAAUAAAGCUUCUCAUAACA